AUGGCUGCGCGAAAACUGCAGCAGGAAAUGGACCGAGUGUUCAAGCGGGUGGCCGAAGGAGUGGCCACCUUUGACUCCAUCUACGACAAAGUACAGCAGUCGACCAACCAGUCGCAAAAGGAAAAACUGGAGCAGGAUCUCAAGCGAGAGAUCAAAAAGCUGCAGCGAUUACGAGACCAGAUCAAGACAUGGAUGGGUUCCAACGACAUCAAGGACAAGAAGACGCUGACGGACCAACGCAAGCUGAUCGAGACGGAAAUGGAACGGUUCAAGGCCUGUGAGCGGGAGAUGAAGACCAAGGCAUUUUCAAAGGAGGGACUGAGUCCAGGCGCAGGCAAGCAGCUUGAUCCGCGAGAACAGCAACGACAGGAGGCGUGUGCGUUUGUGCAAAACACGAUCGACGAGCUGAGUGAGCAAUUGGAGACCUUGGAGGCCGAGGAGGAGCAAUUGCACGGCACGGUUCGAAAGGGUCGGAAGGACAACAGUGUCAAGAGUGAGCGUCUUAGUGAGAUUGCUGAUGCUAGCGAUCGACACAAGUGGCACAUUGGACGUCUAGAAGUCAUUGCACGACUGCUUGAGAAUGGAUCUUUGGCUCCUCAACAGGUGAUGGAUCUUCAGGAAGACAUUCAGUACUACGUGGAGUCCAACCAGGAUGUGGAUUUCGCCGAGGACGUGGAAAUCUACGAUGAGCUGAAUCUGGAUCAAGAGGAGGACGAGUUCACCAUCGACGAGCAGUACCUGAGGGACGAGCCCACGUCGACGCUGGAAGAUUUGGCUGUGGAAAGUGCCAAGGAACGAGAACGAGAAGCCGCCAAGGAGAAGGAGGAGGCGGCCAAGGCGGCCCAGGCACAAAAGGAGGCGGCAGCACAAGCAGCGGCAGACGCUCAGAAUAGCAGUCGCCGUCCGGCAGCCACAAACACGCCUCCUCCGAUCGGAAGCAACAUGAAACCUGCUCCUCUGCCGACCCGCAAUGAGUCGCUCAAGUACGCCUCUGCAGCCGCCGCUGCUGCUGGAAGCAGUGUGGGAAGCUCUCCGAGUGCAUUGCCACAGGGCCUAGCUCCCUUGCCAGCUCCCAAAGAAGAAAUUCGAGCCGCUGCGCCUGUGCCUGUGGCCGUUUCUGCCACUCCUGCUCCCUGGGCUGAAGGAGGAGGUCCUGCACCUGGAGGAGCCAACGUAUCUAUUCCUACCGGCCCUGCCGCUGCUUCGACUCCCAUUGCCGCUUCCUCUACACCGGUGGCUGCUCCUGCUAUUCCUACUGGCCCGGCUGCCUCUGCCACCAUAGCCUCGACAAGCAGCGCAGGCAACACCACAUCGACAGCACCUUCGCCGCCUCCCCUGUCCACGUCCACCACUCUGUCGGACGACUCUAUCAUCUACACGCUUCCUCCCGGCCUGCAAGACCUUGUGUCGUCGCUGGACGUGGCCAAGAAGCGAGUCGGCACUCCUCCACCAAUAGGCUCGAUUGCCAAGUUGCUGGAGACGUCGUACUUUUCGUGUCCAGACUCAGGCGACGCGGAGAAGCCGCAAAUGUACCAUCCUGAGUCGCCUUUCCCUACUCUGCCAUUCUAUCCUCAAGACCCUCUGGCGGUGUUUGAGGACGGCGGCAUUUUUGCGAAAAUGGACAUCGAUACGCUAUUCUACAUUUUCUACUACCGCCAGGGAACGUACCAUCAGUAUCUGGCGGCCAAGGAACUCAAGUCGCGGUCGUGGCGGUUCCACAAGCGGUUCCUGACGUGGUUCCAGCGCCACGAGGAGCCCAAGAUGAUCAAUAACGAGUUUGAGCAGGGCACCUACCGCUACUUUGACUUUGAGGGUGUGUGGCUGCAGCGACGCAAGUCCAACUUCCAGUUUGAGUACCAUUUUCUGGAAGAUGAGAUUUAG